AUUUUAAAGUCGGGUUUUUUAAUUCAUCGCGGUUAUUUAAAAGUUUCUUCAACCUCUAAAGCCAAUUUGAGCGCGCGCGAAUCUCACUCUGCAACUCAAAAAGCUUCUUCAACCUCUAAGCCAAAACCUCGACUUCCAAAGCGUAACGACAAUGUCGACCGCCAAAGCGAGUAACAAGAAGCGCAGGACCGAGCCUCAGCUCGCCAAAUCGAAUGACCUCGAUCUCGAUCUCGACCUCUCCAAUGAUAUCGAAGGAAUUAUGUCGGCACUGCACCAGAUCCGAGAGAAAGCUCACAAGGACGGGCUUAAGAAGAACGAGGAGACCAUAUCAAGUGUGGCUGCUGAGGUCAGGUCUGUGAUUGAUGAACUGAAGUCUAAAGUUGAGAAGGAUAGACAAAGUUUCGCUAAAUCUCUUUCGAAGAGCUCAAAAGAGUGUGAGAAUUGCUUGAAGACUGAAACUGCCAAGUUCCAAUCACUCUAUGAGAAGUUUUGCAAGGACCAAGCCAACCAUCUGCAGGCCUUGAAAGGCAUCAUUUCCAACUAUGAAGAAGAGAAGGAAAGGCUCUGUACACGAUAUGAACAACUGAGAAAGAAAGAAAGGAGUCUGAUAUCUGAGCAUGAGAAAGCUUGUACUGAUAAAAUUGCUAAACUGGAAGAGUCAUUGAAAAAGAAGAAGCAGGAUAACAGAACUUUCAGUGUUCUGAGAAAGACUCUUGGCUCAUUUCUGGAGAGUGACGAAGACAUCCCGGCUGAUGAUUGAAUGAACAUUCAACUGUUUGAGCUCAAGUCUCCCGUUACCUUUUCCUCCUAAAAGAUGUUACGUUUAUUAAUACUUGCAAUAUGAUAUGGAACAUGGUUCUG